AUGUCCUACCAGGAGUGGAAGCGUGAGCCGACGACGGCCCAGGUCCUCUUCGGGCUCCAGCUGCCCUACCGCCCGCCGCGCUCCCUCGUCGGCCGGUUCUUCUGGAGGCAGCGCCUGUGGGUCGAGGUGACGUUCGCGCUGUCCAUGCUCGAGCCGUGGGAGAGGUUCCUCGUCAUGGUGGUCUUCUACCUCACCCUUGGCCUCCUCCUGACGGGCAUGACGCUCUACCUCCCGCACCACCUCGCGCAGAUGCAGACCCGCGCGGCGUACUACCUCUUCGGGCGCGACGGCGUGAGCACG